AUGACCGAAGUGAAGAGCGUUAACUGGAGACUGGUCGAGGCUGGCCGAAUUGUCCUCAUCAACCGAUCUGACAACAAGUCCACUCAGGGCAAGCUUGCCAUCAUCGCCGAGAUUGUCGACCACGGACGAGUCCUCAUCGACGGCCCCACCACCGGCGUUGCCCGACAGGUUGCCAACCUCAAGCAUGUCACCCUUACCCCCCACGUUGUCGAGGGUGUCAAGCGAGGCAUGAAGUCCAAGACCAUCAAGGCUAAGGUCGAGGCUUCUCCUGCUUUCAAGGAGUGGUCCGAGUCCAGCUGGGCCAAGAAGAUCGCUCAGCGAGAGCGACGACGACAUCUCACCGACUUCGAGCGAUUCCAGGUCAUGGUCCACCGACGAGAGCGAAAGGCUGCUCUUGCCAAGGCUGUCGCCAAGGCCUAA